AUGGUCGCCGCAAUGACGAAUGAGCCGGUGGCGGUCAAGGGGAAUACGGAUAAGUAGGUGGAAAAAAUGACUGACCUGUCUGCGCUCUCUUUUCUCUCGUCGGUGAGGUCGUGAAAGCAUGAAAAUAGUACUUGAAGACGAGAGCGCGUAGAGAAAAGAGCGUUUGUCAGUUUUUGCAAUAGAAAGCGUGCAGAAUAGAGGGGAAGAAGCGUUUCACGACUUCUAGCCGCAUUUGGAAUGGCUCUACCGCGCAAAAAACGUAAAAAUAGCGCGCGAAGAUAAAAGCGCCUAGAGAAAUGAGAGUUUUUCAAGUUUCUGGGACAAUAAGGUAGCCGAAAUGGAUAGAAGUAGGAGCUUCACGACAUUUGGUCGCAUUUGGAAUGGCUUGACGUUUUGCGGAUCAAUUUGAAAGAUUUGAAAUACCGAAACGCGGAAGUCGUUUCGAGUCGGGCGCAACACAGUUUUGACACGUUUAGCCAUUCCAAAUGCGACCAAAUUCGUCACAAAUAAGGGCUGGUACUAUCGCCAACAGUAUAAUUAUUUUUCUCCUCAUCAUAAAAGAGUUUCUAGGUGGUCCGCCAUUGUCGACCCCGCACACUGGCCGAGCCAAAAAUCUUUGAAUUUCACGAAAAAUUGCAAGAUUUGUCAGGUCAAGGUGAGAGAUUUCUCUGAAAAAUGGGAAAACCUCGAAAAGGAAAACCUCGAAAUUUUCAGCUUAAUUCGGAAUUCGACGUCAUGGCUCAUCUCCUAUCGAAAAAUCACGUUGAAAAAUCGAAAACCCUGAAAGUUUCCUGCAAAAUUUCGGAUUAUGUCAGUAGUUUUUUGGAAUUUGUGAUCGAAAAAAAUUCCAGAAAAAACAGGAAGAUGCCCUCGUGCAACUGAAAACAGCGCCGCUGGAAAAAAUCGAAACCGGAAAUUUUUUGGAUGGCGAUGAAAACUUGGCCAAUGCCACCGAGAAAAUGAACAAACUGUGAGUUUUUAGGCCGAAAAAUGCAUGGUUUCUAUUUUAAAAAAAAUCCCUUUUUUUGGUCAGAAUUUGAUUUUUUUAAAUCUAGGUGCCUUCAAAACGAAGGAUUUUUGUGAGAAAACAGGGAAAAUUUUUAAGGAAAAUGUAGAAAAAAAUUGAAAGAAAGACAAUUUAAUGUGAGAUUUUAAGCCGAAAAAUAUUUCUGUGGAAAAAAACCGUCAUAAUACUUUUUUUCUUGCUCAGAACUUGUUUUUCAAAAAAAUUGGGUACUUUCAAAAACAAAAGGAUUUCAUGAGAAAAUGGGAAAAAAAUUUGAGAAAAAAAUGUAGAAAAAAAUUGUGAAAUAAAAUGAAUAAAAUGAGAGAUUUUAAGCCGGAAAAAAACAGGAUUUAUAUGGAAAAAAAUGUUCUUUAUAUUUUUCUUCUCGGUCAGAAUUUGAUUUUUCGAAAGAUAGGUGCCUUCAAAACGAAGAUUUUUUUAUGAGAAAAUAGGGAAAUUUUGAGAAAAGAAGUAGAAAAAUUGAAAGAAAUGAAAAAAAUGUGAAAUUUUAGACCUAAACGAAGGAUUUCUAUGGAAAAACCGUCAUAAUACUUUUUUUCUUGCUCAGAAUUUGUUUUUAAAAAAUUGGGUACUUUCAAAACGAAGAAUUUUAUAAGAAAAUAAAAAAAUUUUGAGAAAAUAAGUAGAAAAAUUGAAAGAAAUUGAAAAAUGUGAGUUUCAAAAAAAUAACUUUUUGAGCUUAAAAAAACAGGAUUUCUAUGGAAAUACCCUCAUAAUCUAUUUUUUUCUUGGUCAGAAUUUGUUUUUUUAAAUAGGUGCCUUAAAAAAACGAAGAGUUUUUAUGAGAAAGUAAGAAAAAUUUUUGAGAAAUAUGUAGAAAAAAAUUGUGAAAGAAAAUGAAUGAAAUGGGAGAUUUUUAAGCCGGAAAAAAACAGGAUUUAUAUAGAAAAAAAUGUUCAUUAUAUUUUUUUCUUCUUGGUCAGAAUUUGAUUUUUUUAAGGAACUGAGAACCUUCAAAACGAAGAAUUUUUGUGAAAAAAAUAAACUGAAUUUCAAAAAGUGGGAAAAACUAAAAAAAUGAUGACUUUUUUUCAGUUUCUUACGGAAAAUACGUAAUUUCGAAGGUUUUUUUCAGCGAGAUUUUUUUGAAUUUUUUUAAAUGUCACUGGUUUUUUCUUCAAAAAAAUUUAUUAAUAUCGAACAUUUGAGCCCAUGUAAAGUUUCCUGGAAAAAUUUAUGGUAAGAUUUUUGGAAAAAUAUACUGACUUUUUGAUCCAUUUUUUUCAUCAAAAAUCCAGUUUUUUUCAAAGAUUUUAUUGAAUUAACUUUUUCAAAAUCGCGAAAUUUCUCUCACAAAAAAAUCAUAAAUUUAUUCGAAAUGACCAGUGGAAACGAAAUUUUUUUCAAGCCAAACUCGAACCGCCGUCCCCCUGCCGCUCUCAUCGCCGCGGGCGCGUCUGCGACAAAUUCGCGAUAUCGCGAAUAUUUUCGACAAGGUUUUUUUUCUACUUAACAUUUUAAAAAAUCAAUUUUAGAUGUCUGGGUGUUCCAUUGUUGAUGAAACGACUCAAAAGUCGAUGGAGAAGGUUUUGGGCGACCUUUUGUCGUCUUUCGAGGUGGAAAAGCCAUCAUUUUUAUGAAAAAUCAUAUGAAUUUUUGAAGAAAUCCGAUGGAAACGAGUCGGCGAUCACGGCUGAGCAACUUUGUGCCGUCGGCGGCGUUUUGAGGAUUUGCGACGCUUUGUUGGCUUGGACAAAAAAUAGUACUUCAUUAAGGUUUGAAGAAGUGGCUUAAAUUUGGGGGAAAAUGCGCUCCAUUGAGAAUUAAGCUUCACUUUAGCGUUUGAGCAAAAGAAAAUACGGAAUUUGAUGGUUUUGAGCCAUUUACAAAACAUAGUACAAAAAAUAGAAGUGGCUGAAAACUGAGGUCAAAUGCGCUCCACUGAGAAAUAGGCUUCGAUUUAAAGAUGGCUUAAAAUUGAGUUCAAAUGCGCUCCAUUGAGAAUUAGGCUUCAAAUUAAAUGUGGCUCAAAAUUGAGGUCAAAUGCGCUCCACUGAGAAAUGGGCUUCGAUUUAAAGAUGGCUUAAAAUUGAGUUCAAAUGCGCUCCGUUGAGAAAUAGGCUACAAUUUAUAUUUGGCUCAAAAUGGAGUUCAAAUGCGCUCCAUUGAGAAUUAGGCUACAAUUUAAAUGUGGCUCAAAAUUGAGUUCAAAUGCGCUCCGUUGAGAAAUAGGCUACAAUUUAUAUUUGGCUCAAAAUGGAGUUCAAAUGCGCUCCAUUGAGAAUUAGGCUACAAUUUAAAUGUGGCUCAAAAUUGAGUUCAAAUGCGCUCCGUUGAGAAAUAGGCUACAAUUUAUAUUUGGCUCAAAAUGGAGUUCAAAUGCGCUCCAUUGAGAAUUAGGCUACAAAGUAGAUUUUCCGGUUUUGAGCAGAAAUUAAAGCGAAAAUUAAUGUUUUUAGUUAUUGAUGAAUAAUAACAUUGCUGUAAGGAAUGAGAAUGAACGGCUGAAAAUUGAGUUCAAAUGCGCUCCAUUGAGAAUCAGGCUUCAAAGUAGAUUUUCCGGUUUUUGAGCAGGAAUAAAAACGAAAUUUAAUGUUUUGAGUUAUUGAUGAAUAUUUCUCUGAGGUCGAAAAAAAAAAUGAAACUAAAAAGGCCUAAAAUUCGCAUCAAGUGCGCCCCAUUGAUAAAUUUGAAAAAUCACUAGGAAAUUGUUUUUUUGGUGUAUUUUUCCCACAAGUUUAGUUUUAAAAAGGUCAGGAAGGCAAGCUUUUCUCAAGAUGUUGAUAGAAAAAAAUUGGGUAAAAAAAUGCGUCAUUUCAAGUGCGCCCCAUUGAGAAUGCUGAAAAUAUUGAAUUUUGAUGUUUUAGAGGUGCAAAAGUCUUUUCAAAAUUAGUUUCGAUCGCAUUUUUCAAAAAUUGUGAGAAAAAAGCGCAUUUUAACUAGUCCUUAAUGAGACUAAAAAGGCCUUAAGUUUUCAUCAAGUGCGCCCCAUUGAUAAAUUUGAAAAAUCAGUAGGAAAUUUUAGUGUAUUUUUCCUCACGAGUUUAGUUUUAAGAAGGUCAGGGGAAGAAUCUGCGUUCCAUUGAUAAAUUUGAACUACUCCUCUUCUCAAAAAAAUUUAAAAAAAUAAAAAAAAACUCGUUCAAUCAAUUUUUUUCUCAGAUUAUGCGUCAAAUACGCUCACUUUUUUUGAGCGUUUUUCGUCCGGGAUAUCCGCGUCGCCUACACGAUUCUCUAUCAGAAUCAAUUGAUGAAAAUCGUUGAACUCAUUGUCCAUCUUUUAACGGUAAUUCGUCGUAUUUUCUGUCCCAAAAAAGGCUUGGAACCCAUGAAAAUAAGUGAAAAAUGCCUGGUUUUUACCAUUUUUUAAGGAAUUUUGGAACUUCGAAGCAUAGAGGGAUCUUUCAAAGUCUCAAUUUUUGAAAAUUCUGAAUUUUUCAAAGUCCUAUUACAGAACGAACCAACGGCGCCGCAGCUUUCGGCCCUUCUGGACGUUCUAAAUGCCCUUCUUCAAACUGUAGUCGGCCGAAUUUCCACUUCUACUGAUCAAAAAACCUGGAAAGAGCUCAAAAGUCUCGAUUCCAAUGCUCCGGAGACCAUCGACGUCAUCGCCGGGUCAGAAAUUUGAAGAAUUGGGCAGUUUUGAAGCGUCGCGGUCGCGGUGCGGUUUUUGGCGGGAAAAUGAAAAUUUGAAAUUGAGCCGUCUUUUUUUCUUUAUUCGUAGUAUCUCCAUGAUUUUUAAGUUUUAUGCGGCAAAAAUAGGUUAAAAAAGGCUGAGAUGCGCAUGUAAGGAGGCGUUGCGGUCGCGGCGCGGUUUUUGGCGGGAAAAGAAAAAUUCAAAUUUGAGCCGUAUUUUUUCUUUUUUUCAUAGUAUCCCAAUGGUUUUCAUGUUUUAUGCGGAAAAAAUUAAGUUGUAAAAAAUUGAAAUGCGCAUUUAUACAAUAGAGAAGCGUUGCGGUCGCGGCGCGGUUUUUGGCGGGAAAAUGAAAUUAAAAUUAAGCCGCCUUUCGGAUAGUUUUUCAAUGGUUUUUUUUCUCAUCAUUCUAGCUUUUGGCCACAUUUUCCAAAGAUCGAGACUCGAAAAAUAAUUUUUUCUUUUUUGAACUCGUUUUUCCCGCCAAAAACCGCGUCGCGACCGCAACGCAAGUAACUAAAGUAUCGCCUUCCGAGACACGAAGAAUUUCUUUCAGAUUUUACCGAUGCUCCUUGAAAUCUUCAACGAUCGUCGCCGCGGUGGAAGCCACCAAUGGCGUCGCUUUGAUUUCCCGCCUCAAUACUCUUUUUUUCCUUGCUUCUCGACUCGAAUAAUGGGUAAAUUUUUGAGUUUCUGUAGUGAAAUAGUUGAAAUUAUCAGUUCGAAAAUGAUUUAAAUAAAUUUUUAAGAGUGAUAUUGAUUUUUUUUAUUGAGGUUUUUUUGGAUUUUUCUGCUUCAAUCACCAUUUUUCCUUGCUUUUCGACUCAAAUAAUGGAUUUUUCAAGUGAAAUUGUUUCAGAUUAUGAUUCGGAGAAGGAAAAAUUUAUGGUCUCAGAAAUAAAUUCAUGCUUUAAAAAGCGAGAAAUUUACAACUAUUUGACUUGAAAAUCAGAGAAUUUUGAUUUUUUCAGCUAGGACUGAAAAAUUAGACGUUCUACGCAAGUUUACAGUUUCAAAAUCAGUAUUUACAAAACAUUUUUUAAUGUUGCUUGUUCGCACGGUAUGGAGUGAAAUAAUCUCUAAAAUCUUUUAUUUUUUUCAAUUUUUUUCUGAUAGUAGGUUAGGUUAGAAGGUGGAAUUUUUCAGAAUGGAAUAUGAAAAAAAUCAAUUUUGUAACACUAAGUUCUUCAGUGUUUUUUGGAGAUUGCAAGAAAAAAAAAACCAGAAUUUUCACAAAAACGAUGUUUAGUUGAAUUUUUUGAACAAUAUCGAUUGAUAUUGAUUGAUUCAUUGAUUGAUGGAAGUUCAGCCGUCUUCUCUACUCGACUUUCAUGAGGAUCGCCCUGGAACACGCUUUAAAAUGCGGUCGAUCGGCUUCAAAUGGUCCCAGGGAUCAGAAAAUCGCCACCGAUGUUGCCGUGAUCGUUGUCCGGGCCUUAGAAAGCUUGUCCAGUGAUUUGAAGUUCGAGGACGUUUGGAAAGUUCGUUCAUUUCGGGAAUGAGGGUCAAAACUUUGAAAUUUAUCAAGUUGCAAGAGAAAUUUCUCUGUUGGAGAGUUUUAGGAACGCCAAAGUAGUCUCUAUAGGGGUUAGGGAGAAUAAAACCCCUAUAGAGGUAAGUUUAGAUGGUCCCUACAGGGGUUAAAAGUCCGACCCCUGAAUCCCUGAAGCUUAAGUGGGCCCUAUAGUGGUUUAAGUUUUUUUUUUUUAGGCUUUGAAAGUUGAGAAGACUGUCCCCUAGAGUGGCCACUACUUAAAACUCCGAAAGUGGUCACUUUUGCAAGCUUCAGUCCUAUAGGAGGAAUCAAAGUGAUCCCUAGAGGGAAAGCUUCAAGGGCCUUUGAGGUUGCCCCUAUAGAGACCACUUUGAAGUUUCGCUAGGCACUGAAGCGUCUAACACGUUGCUCAAAAAACCGGAAAAACCAACUGAUUCUCGAAAAAAGGGUACCUAAAACCUUUUGGGAUAUUUUUGGAGUAGGAUACCAAGUUUUUCGAAACCUUUAAAGUACCCUUUUUGGAGGUCAAGCUUGUGAUGGAUAGGGUCUAUAAUUUUUUUUGCUUCAAAAUGCUUUGAAAGAGGAUCAUCAUUUUAUUCCAGACGAUCGUUGAAAAUGGGCAAAAUGCCUUAAUGAUUCGCCUGAUCCUAUCAAAUGUCCUUCGAUCUGCGAUUUCUGCCGCCACCGCGUCUGAACCACCGAAAAAUGCGCGACAUCGCCAAAAUCCCGCGUCUUCGAACAAUUUCACGACGUCUGAAGCAGAGCUCGUCAAACUUCUCGAAUUUAUCGCGUGUUUUGCGAACGCGGGAAAUCAGGUCGGUUAUCGGGAAUAUUUUUAG